GUGACUGCAUAGCAGUAUUGGGAGAAUGCUGUUCUUAUGACGCUUCAAUUUUUUUCAAGAUGGAGGCUACAGUCCGAAUAAGAGAAGGGAAGCAGGACGAGGUCAUGGACACUGAGAGUUUGAUUCGACACGUGGAAAGAGACGUACAGGCUACGUCGCUGCCACUGCCAGUCACACUGCCAGACUGGAUGGAGGACACGAAUGAGACCACGGGGAAUCAAUUUCAGCAGCCUGACUGGCAGGUGGCUCUGUGGGCGUUAGCAUACUCACUUAUCAUUCUGGUGUCUGUCACUGGGAACGUCACGGUCAUCUGGAUCAUUCUGGCCCACCGGCGAAUGAGGACUGUGACCAACUACUUUAUCGUCAACCUGGCUUUCUCUGAUGUUUCCAUGGCAACAUUCAACACCCUGUUCAACUUUGUCUAUGCGCUGCACAACGACUGGUACUUUGGCCUGGGCUAUUGUCGAUUCCAGAACUUCUUCCCCAUCACCGCCAUGUUUUCCUCCAUUUACUCCAUGGCUGCCAUUGCAGUGGACAGAUACAUGGCCAUCAUCCAUCCUUUGAAGCCCCGCCUCUCCUCCGCCUCCACCAAGGUUGUGAUCACACUCAUAUGGAUCGUGGCAAUCUUACUGGCGUUCCCACAGUGCUACUACAGCGUGACCAGGUUUUACUACCCCAGAACUGUUUGUAUGGUCGACUGGCCGGACGACUAUGGAGGAACUCAUCAACUCAGCUACCAGUUUGCCGUGAUAUUGCUGAUCUACCUGUUCCCCCUGCUGGUAAUGCUGGUCACCUACAGUUUGGUAGGCAGGACCCUGUGGGGAGGCCACAUCCCAGGGGAGGCCUCGGACCACUACCACAGCCAGAUCACAGCAAAGAGAAAGGUAGUAAAGAUGAUGGUUGUUGUGGUGGUGACCUUUGCUUUGUGCUGGUUGCCCUACCACACCUACUUCAUACUGGGAUCGUUCAAUAGAGACAUUUACAAGCAACAUUACAUUCAACAGGUUUACCUGGCCAUUUUUUGGUUGGCAAUGAGCUCGACUAUGUACAACCCUAUUAUUUACUGCUGUCUGAACCAAAGGUUCCGUGCUGGUUUCCGUCACGCCUUCUCUUGGUGUCCCUUCAUCAAGGUGUCAGAGGAGGACAAGAUGGAGCUGCAGCACACACAUACCUUCAGAGUGACCAUGACACGAGGUCAAGGCAACAGCAGCGCGCACACGUCCAUACACGCGAACAACACUUGUGACGCAAGCAAAGGCUGUGGCCAAGGUUCAUGCACAUUGUAAAGGAUGACAUCAUAUGGACAUUCCGAGUGUUAACUUACAUUAUUAUUUAUAUCUCAUGUGUCAAAGUCAAGGCCCGGGGGCCAGAUCUGCCACGUAACGUUACUCAAUGUGAUCUGCCAGGCCUUUCAAUGUGGUCUGUUACGUAAUUUAUUGUGGCCCACCACCUUAUAUUCAAUGCUAUCUGUUACAUCAUUUAAUGUUGUUUGCAAAGUCACAAGGCCUGCAAAUUUAAUGUAGUCCGCCACAUCAUUUAAUGUAGUCCGCCACACUAUUUACAUUGCAUCCGUAAAGUAUUCACAGCGCUUCACUUUUUCCACAUGUUGGUAUGUUACAGCCUUAUUGGCUUAGUGGCGCAGUGGAAGAGUGGCCGUGCGCAACCCGAGGGUCCCAGGUUCAAUCCCCACCUAGUACCAACCUCGUCAAGUCCGUUGUGUUCUGAGCAAGACACUUCACCCUUGCUCCUGAUGGGUGCUGGUUAGCGCCUUGCAUGGCAGCUCCCUCCAUCAAUGUGUGAAUGGGUGAACGUGGAAGUAGUGUCAAAGCGCUUUGAGUACCUUGAAGGUAGAAAAGCGCUAUACAAGUACAACCCAUUUAUUUAUUUAUGUAUUCCAAAAUGGAAUAAUUAAUUGUGGGCGUUAAAAUUCUGCACAGAAUAUCACAUAAUGACAAUGACAAAAGUUUUAUAUUUACAUUUCUGCAAAUGUGGUAAAAAUGUCAUAACUAAAAAGUCACAGAGCUUUUGCUCAAUGCUUUCUUGAUGCGCCUUUAGAAACAAUUACAGCCUGAAGUAUUUUUGAAUACAAUGCCACAAGCUUGGCACACCUAUCUUUGGACGGUUUUGCCCAUUCCUUUUCGUAGCAACUCUCAAGCUCCAUCAGGUUGGAUAGGAAGCGUUGGUUUACAUCCAGGAUGUCUCUGUACAUUGCUGCAUUCAUCUUAGUUUUGUCAGGGAGACGACCAAGAACCCGAUUGUCACUCUGUCAGAGCUACAGCAUUCCUCUAAAGCAGGGUUUUUCAACCUUUUCUGACCCGAGGCACAUUUUUUUCCAUUGAAAAAAUUCCGAGGCACAACACCAGCAGAAAACAUUACAAAAAUGAAACUCAGUAGCCGACAUUGAGAGUAAAAAGUUGUUCUUGCAAUUGUUGGAUAUGAAUUCAAACCAUAACCAAGCAUGCAUCACUAUAGCUCUUGUCUCAAAGUAAGUGUCACGACCUGUCACAUCACACCGUGAUUUAUUUUGAGUUUUUUGCUGUUUUCCUGUGUGUUCUCCUCUUGCGCUCCUAUGUUGGUGGCUUUUCCUAUUUUGUUGGUAUUUUCCUGUAGCAGUUUCAUGUCUUCCUUGAGCGCUAUUCCCCGCACCUGUUUUGUUUUAGCAAUCAAGACUAUUUAAGUUGUGCGGAAGCUAUCCUUCUUUGUGAGGACAUUGUAGACUGUCAUGUCAUGUAAGGGAUGUACUUUGUGGACGCCGUCUGCUCCACACGCUGUAAGUCUCUGCUGUCAUCCAGCCUUCGGUUUUUGUAUACUUUGCAGCCUGUUCAGUUUUAGUUACAUUUUGCAUAGCCAUCCCUAAACUUCAAUGCCUUUUCUUAGCAGCACUCGCCUUUUGUUUAUUUUUGGUUUAAGUGUUGGAUACCUUUUUACCUACACGCUGCCUCCCGCAUAUUGUGAUCACGACAAACCAUGUUCCCGAAAAUCUACAAAGGAAUUAGCUACCUGCUGCCACCUACUGAUAUGGAAGAGUAUAACACGGUUACUCUGCCGAGUUCUGGACAGCACAGACACUCAACAAAAGCACAAUUGCGAAUUAGAAUUACCGGUUUGCAAAACAAAGUUUUAACCCAAAUAGGUGAAAUUACAUAAUCUCCCAUGGCACACCAGGCUGUAUCUCAUGGCACAGUGGUUGAAAAACACUGCUCUAGAGAGAGAACCUUCACUGUAGGGAUGGUAUUGGCCUGGUCAUAAGUGGUGCCUGGUUCCCUCCAAACAUGUCACCUGGCAUUUACGUCAAAGACUUCAAUCUUUGUCUUCUCAGGCCAGAAAAUCUUUGUUUCUCAUGGUCUGAGAGUCUUUCACUUUUCAACUAAGAAAUGGCUUCCGUCUGGCCAAUCUACCAUACAGGCCUGAUUGGUGGAUUGCUGCAGAGAUGGUUGUCCUUCUGGAAGGACAAUCUAUCCAACCUGAUGGAGCUUGAGAGGUGCUGCAAAGAGGAAUGGGCAAAACUGCCUAAAGAUAGGUGUGCCAAGCUUGUGGCAUCGUAUUCAAAAAGACUUGGGGCUGUAAUGGCUGCCAAAGGUGCGUCAACAAAGUACAUGUGAAUUUUCAGUUUUUUUAUUUUCAAUAACAUUGAGGAAAAAAAAACACAUUGUCAUUAUAUGGUAUUGUCUGCAGAAUUUUGAGGAGAAAAAUUAAAGUAUUCCAUUUUUGAAUAAGGCUGCAACAUAAAAUGUGUAAAAAAUUAUGGACUGUAAAUAUGGCCCGUCACAUCCUUUAAUUUGGCCCCGAGUGCAGCCAUAAUUGUGAUGUGGCCCUCAAUAAAACAAGCAUGACACCCCUGCUUUAUAUUAAAAUUGAAGGCAUGAUUGGGCAACUUAGUGUUGCAAUGAUUGUGUUCUAAAAAAUAAGGUGGUUUGAAUGGAUUACAUGUGCUGCUAAUGUGAAGUAAGGUGAGACCCACCUGCAUCUUGUGCAAUGUUCGCCUGUCGUUUAGUGAAGUGUUUCUGAAAAUGUGAGGCUUUCUUGAUGGCCUCAAUUGUUGAGUCUCUAAAGCAUGGGCUCUAGAGCCAGAUCUGGCUCUUUUGAUGACUGCAUCUGGCUCUUAGAUAAAUCUUAGCUGACAUUGCUUAACACGGUAAGUAAUUAAUCAUUCCGCUGGUAAGCAGUGUUAAAGAUAACGUUCAAAUUAUAAAAUAUUCUCAUGCAUUUUAAUCCAACCAUCCAUUUUCUAUCGCACCUGUUCAAUAUUUCGCAUUAAUGGUAAGAAGUAUUAUAUUUAUUAUUGGUUAACUUUAGAAUAACAAUGUUAUUAAAAAGAAUAAUAGACGUAUUAUACUCUAAAAAAUGCACACAUUUAGUUGUAUUCCGUGUUAAAAAAAAAUAUUAAAAGGCUCUCACGGAAAUACAUUUUGAAAUAUUUGGCUUUCAUGGCUCUCUCAGUCAAAAAGAUUCCCGACCUCUGCUCUCAGGCAAAUACUUAAAUACAACCUCUCAAACUCCUAAAAAUGUAACUGUUUCUGUGACUUGCCUCUUUAGCGUAUACAGAACAGUGCCACAAAAAAUGCAGUAAAUUGCAGUAAAUGCAUCGAAAAUUACAGACUAGGAGAUGGAGUGAAGUGAAGUUGUUGUUUUUUUUUUUUUAAACAGACUGAGUUUUGGACCACAUUACACUUGGAAUUUUAGUCAAUUGUUGUGUUUUUCCUUUGCUAAACCCUUCAAUGCUUUUGUAACGUGCCUGUUCCUGCCUAUACAGUAUGUCCUGAAUUAGAGUCCCCUUAUUGGAAGGCGAGAGCAUGAGAUAAAAAGCCAAAAACCUUAAACUGUGAGCUCAGUGUCCAGAGUAAACUCAGCAUGAUGGAGUGUGGUAAGGUUUAAACCGAUAGUACCACUGCAUUUGUGUUAUCUUUUAACUUUUUAUCUAUUGCUCAGUUCAGUUUCUGAAGAGAAAAAAAAGAAGACAGACAAAUUAAUAAAUGUACCGUAGAUAGCUGCAAAAUACAUUUUGGAAGGAAGUCAUGCAUAGGAUAAAAAUAAAAGCUUUGGGUGUAUUUAAAAUUAGGCAAAAGUAAAACAAAAUCCCACAUGCAUGUGGAAAGUGUCAAGCAUGGUCCGUCUUGUCUUGGUGGAACACAUUAAAAUUCCAUUAUGGAUAUUCAAUAUUAGCCAAGAAGGAUUAUAACAGAGCAUGGGAAAAUGUGUAACAAUGGGGGUGUCAAUUUAUGCAGAGCUCCCAAGAUAAAAUGUGAAAAUAAAUCCUUCAUUACAUUUAAUAUUGUACAAAGACAUGCUGGAAUAUAUUGCAUACCCUGUAAGACCCCCGCCCCCAUCUUGUGUCCAAUAGAUUUUCUCUCUAAUCCUAAUAUAUGGUCAUUUCAGUCACACAUGCACUAUGGUUUGUAUAGUAAAAAAUAAGUACUGUAUGUGGUACACUUGUAAAUAUUCAUUGUUUCGAUCCUGAAUACUAUUUAUGAAUACAUACGUAUAGUGACAUUGUGAAUGAUCUGUGUACCUGUUGUAUGCACAAAACCCUUGAGGCCUAAAUAAUAAAAAAACAAUGCUAAUACAUUUUGUGUGUUUUUCACAGAUAAUUGUACAUAAUACAAACGAAUAUUUAUUGUGACAUGACUUUAUUUUGUU